CCGGUGGAGAGGAGCCUAUCCUAGAGUCUUAAUCGCGCGGCCUGGGAGGAGGUGCCAUGACAAGCCCAACCGGAGGGCUGGAGAGGGCUAGAAGGGCAGACGGGGCGUGCAGCCUCUUCCGCCUGGAGCCCGGAAGGGUGAUGUGGCUGCGGCACCGCCGGCCUCGCUAUGUCUGCCAUUUUCAAUUUUCAGAGUCUAUUGACUGUAAUCUUGCUGCUUAUUUGUACCUGUGCUUAUAUUCGAUCCUUGGCACCCAGCCUCCUGGACAGAAAUAAAACUGGAUUGUUGGGUAUAUUUUGGAAGUGUGCCCGAAUUGGUGAACGGAAGAGUCCUUAUGUUGCAGUAUGCUGUAUAGUGAUGGCCUUCAGCAUCCUCUUCAUACAGUAGCUGGGGAAAAUGCUAGAAUAUAAUUGCCAUCAGAUUUCAUUGUGAACAAGGACUUAUUGCAGAAAAUAAUGGAAAGGAUGGUUAACUCUUUUAUCUCCGAACAUUGAAUGAGAUACAUUUGUAGAUGCUGUUCUCUAUUUUUAUGUUAUUGGACCAAUGUUCUAUAUAAAUAAUUAAGAUGUAACCAUUUAAUACUCUGUAACAAUCAACCUCAGUACUGUCACUACAAUAUUACAUUCUGCAAAUGUCGUUCUGUUGUGUCAGAUACCAAAUUUUAGUGAGGUAUCACUAAGGCACAUAGUAGAAAACAAAAUUGGUUAAUUACUCAUGUUCCUUUCACUGUGAUUUGGAAAUGAUUUAAUUUUAUAGAAUGAGACCCUUUUUUGGACUAGCUUUUUUAUUAAAAUGGCUCAAUUUGUGUUGAUAAGGAUUGCUUUCAUAUAAAUAGUGCUUACAUUUCCUCUGGGCACACCAUUUUGAUCAUUAACCAGAGUACCUGUACUCUUAGAAAACUCUAAUUUAUGACUAUUUAAAAUAUUUAAAACAAGCAUAUGGAGUUCUUAAGGAGUAAAAUAAAUGAGCUGUAACUUAAAAGUAGUAUUGGGAAAAUGUUGGUAUUUAACAUUAGUGGAUUUAGACUUAGCCAAAUGGCAUAGCAGUCUCUGAAACCUUUUGUCAAGAAUAGGUAAGGACCUCUUGUGCAUGAGUUUUUACCAGAGAGCUGCCUGUCUGAAAAACAUAACAUUCUUAGAAUGAAAAGGACAAUUAUAAAGUAAUUAUCCUAUAUGUGUUUUUCAUUUUAGUGUCUCAUCUUCAAAAAUGAAAUAUUUAUUUUAAUUGCCCUAAACAAACUAUAUUUUUGUUUUGUUUUUUGAGGCACUUUAAAUCCAGUUUGUGUUUUGUCAUGUUGAAUCCAAAUCUCUUAUUACUUUGGAGGUGAUAAAUAGUUUUCAAAUCUACUAAACUGUAUACUGUGGCAUAAGUAUCUUUGAGCCUUGAUAGUGAAAGAAGACCAACAAUUUUUAGUCUAGGCAAGAGAAACAUUAGGAAUGUGACUUCUAAAUUUUACAAUAGAGCAGUUAUUUUAAGUUGAUGGUUAAUAUUUCUUAAUAUUCAACUGAAAUUCAGUUAAAAUGUCGAAGCUAAGAGGAACUUAAAUCUUAGCUAAAAAUUACCUGUUGUAGGAUUACAUUGUUCGCAGCUAUUAAUUCACCAUAAAGGUAAAAUGAAGAAACUCUCCCAUUUAAAAAACAAUUAUUUCUAAAUUAAUCUGCAAGUAUUUAUGCAGAAACAAAGUAUCGAACUGAAAGCCACCUAUUUUAUUUUAGACUAAUUUAAACCACCUGGAAUGGAUUCUAGGAAACAAGUAAAGCUUGUGUGCUGCCUGUGGUGGUUUUUUGUUUGGGGGUGUUUUUUGGUUUUGGUUUGAUUUUUCUGUAUUUUGUUUUCUGGGGAUUUUUUUUUGUUUGUUUCUGCUUUGUUUGUUUUCUUUCUCUUUUUUUUUUUUUUUUUUUUUUUUUUUGUUAUAGGUUAUUGGUGUAUUUUUUUUAUAUUUUUGGCAUGUCUGUGGCAGUUAAAAGUGGUAUAUUUGGCUUCAGACAGGUAAUCAGGUUAUAAUAAUUGUUCUGCCUCUAAACUGCCUCUUGGGCUUUACAUUAGGUCAAGGAUUUUCAGGGUUUCUCUAAAGUAGGACUCUUGUCAGCGUAUCCAUGCUGAGUAAGUCACCUUCCUGGCCCUGGUUUCCCGGUGGCCAUCUGUUGUCCAGCUCUGCUGCCAACUGGACUUUCUGAAAGCCAUGUCGACUAAUUUUUUAUACGCUAAGACAAAUCUAAUAUAAAAAGAGGAAGAAUAUUCUAGAUAUUCUAAGACAUUUCUUCAUUUGGCAUCUCAGAGGAGGUAGGUGGAAAGUAGAAGAAGAGAUAAUUUUGGGGGAAAGUUUGUGGAAACAUAAAACUUUUUGCUGUGUAUAAAUGCUAAGCAGUGGGAGGCAGCGUAUUUCUAACAACAACCAAACUGACCUUUUGAAACACAAGCUCUUGGGGAAGCCGGGUAGAGACACAGUAUGAAUAAAAGCAAUUAACAUUUUCUUUAAUGUAUUUUUUUCAAAGAGGACCACUAAAUCCUGUUCUCUAACCCAAAGGGCAGUGUAGGUGGUUUUAAGCCCACAGAACAUUGAAAUAUGUCUCUUGUAGUCUUGGUGGGGUGGUGGGAUGUAGAAGAUUGAAGAGCAACUUAAUCAUCAGAUAGAAUAUCUUUUUUUUUUAACUUUUAGGUUCAGGAGUCAUGUGCAGGUUUGUUAUAUAGGUAAACUCAUGUCAAGGGGUUUUGUUGUACAGAUUAUUUUGUCACCCAGGUACUAAGCCUAGUACCCAGUAGUUAUUUUGCCUGCUCCUCCCCCUCUUCCCACCCAUAACCCUCAAGUAGGCCCCAGCGUCUGUUGUUCCCUUCCUUGUGUCCCUGAGUUCUCAUCACUUACCUCCCACUUCUAAGUGAGAACAUGUAGUAUUUGUUUUUCUGUUCUGCAUUGGUUUGCUAAGAGUAAUGGCCUCCAGCUCAGAUGGAAUAUCUCUAUCACAUAGGCCUGUUGUUACAGGGCAGGAUCAGAUAAUGUACACUGAAGUUUUCAGCUUACUAAGUUCAGUUGCUCUCCCUAGCCUCUUUUCUGGCUUCAGAGUCUUUUGAUUCCAUCUAUCCUGGCAUUUUUUGUGUGCUGAUAUUUAGUUCCGGAUUGGCUUCAGCUGUGCUAAUAGAAAGGGCAUUGUCUUUUCAAGCAAUCUUAAAAGGUGUUCAAUCAAAAGGCCAGAGUCUGAAUCCCUUCUGUAGCCUAAAUAAUUUGAGGAUCAAGUCCAGUGUCUUGUUAAUGCCCUGUUCUUCUGUGCCAGGCACUAUCUUGAAUGCUCUUACAUGUUCGAACUCAAAAUAGCUCAUUUAUACUGGGGAUUAUAGUAACAUGCAACUUGCAGUAGAUUCCUUCAUCUUAGUAAUAAGAUGAUUGGCCUAAUUAGGACAAAAUAGGGAUUUGAGUGAAUUAACUUUUCCAAGUUUACAGAGUAAAAAUGAGCAGAUCUCUGCCUGAUUUUGUGAAAAAGAUUUAGCACUGGUAAAUAGAAUACUUUAUUUCUACACCAUUCUUUCAGUAUAUCAUCAUUGAAGACAGGAAGAUAGGCACACAGAUUCUUCCCCAUAGUAAUUCAUAAUGUACUAAGUGAAAGAGAGGAAGUAUGUAUUACAAAGUACAGUGCAAUGGCAUUAUUCAGAUAAUCCCAGGAUUCUAGAAGCAAACAAAGGUGACAGUUCAUUCAGGGUAUGAACUUCCAGAGAAGCAUUGCUUAAGCUGAACUUGAGAGCGUUGUGCAAAAGCACAGUAGUCUAUUAACUAGAAAUAACCUAGCUUGUGCCACUUAGGGAGUACUAAGCCAUAAGCCUAGAAGAGUGGACAGAGGUUAGAUCCUAAACUGUCUUGUGUUUUUCUCAUUCCUGUUGAUUACCUACCUCAGAAAUGAAGUUGAAUAUGUUUUUCCUCCUUCCUAACACAAAACAAAGACAAAAAUUUAAAUUCUUUGGUAGAUAGGCAAACAAGGUUGAAUAUAUUCAUGCCUACCUUAUUUUGGACUAGGAAUACGGUGGCAUACUCUCCAAAGACUUGCCUGAAUAGUACGUAAGGUGGAGGCAACUGACUAGUUAGGUCAGUGUAUUUAGAAACUCUUAAUAGCUUGUACACCACUGAUGCCAAAAGCAGCCCUGAUUGUUAUAGCACACACCUGCACAAGAAGCAGAGAUGGUUACAUUUUACAUUUCCUGGGUACACAAAAUAUAUUUCUAAAAAGCAAGAACUUACGCUUUGUGCAAAGCCUCUGAGAAGGUUUGGGUCAUAGGAAGCUUAUAACAAGAAUGGAAGAUUCUUAAGGACUAUUCUUUACUUUCUUUAGUAUCUAGUAACAGUAGAUUUUCAAAAUAUGUAGCUGAUUAAUACUAGUGUUGUGAGUGCUGCACAACUGUGUGAUUAUUACUAAGCAAGUCACUACUAGCUUCUGAAAAGUAGUUUCAUAGUUAUUUAUACACUUCCUUCCAUGACUUUUACUUUGCCCUAAACUAAUCCCUACAAUCUGAAAUGCUAUUUCAAUAUCAGAAAAAAGGGGGGAGGUGGAAAUAUAUUUCCUGUGAUUUUAAGAGCACAGAGAAUCAUUCUCAUAUCUGGCUAGUUCAUAUGUCUAGUGUGUAAUAAAAGUCAAGAUGAACUCUUAA